UCUCGCUCUUUCUUUACCCUCUCAGCCCCACCAUGCCCCGUUUCACUUUGCCCCCGUUCCUGCUGCUUUCGCUGCUUCUCUGCCUCUGGUCCUAUCGCUUGACGGGGGCAAACGACGGCGGUAACUCCAGCGAGUGCGGUCCAUGCAUCUCGGAGAGCUGCGAGCCGGUGCGAUGCCAGGCUCCGGAGCUCUCGGUGCGAGACGCCUGUGGAUGCUGCGAGCAGUGCCUGGGCAUCGAGGGCGAGCUGUGCGGAGGCAGAGGAGGUGCGGGCAGGAGGCGCCAAGCCCGUUGCGGCCCUGGACUGGUCUGUGUGAGCCAGUCCCGGGAGGUACUGGGGGCCGCCGCGUCCCAGGAGCCGCUCCCCGAGGAGCUGGAGGGCACGGGGCUGUGUGUGUGCAAGGAGGACGGCGCUGUGUGCGGAUCAGACGGGCGUUCCUACCAGAGCGUGUGCGCCCUGCACCUGCACAGUUGGGUCUCGGUGCGGGCUGGCCACGAGCGGGUCCACAAGGCUCACGAUGGCGAGUGCAAGUUGGCUCCUGUGAUUGUUAUGCCACCCAAAAAGAUCCACAAUGUAACUGGAGCCCAGGUAUACCUUUCCUGUGAAGUGAAGGCUGUGCCAACACCCAUCAUUACCUGGAGGAAGAUCACAGAAUCUCCUAAGGGAGUCAAGUUGCUGGAGGAAUUGCCAGGAGACCGAGUUAAUAUGGCUGUCCAGGUUCGUGGUGGUCCAUCCAAACAUGAAAGUACAGGCUGGGUUUUGAUCAACCCCCUGACAAAAGAGGAUGAAGGUGUAUACCAGUGCCAUGCCACUAACAUGGUUGGGGAGACACAGUCCUAUGGUACAAUAAAGGUUACAGAUCUGAGUAAAUACAAAAAAAUGAACUUCAUAGGACCAGAUGAUGACAUGUAA